CGGCAGGGGAGCCGCCGCGGGUCUGAGGCGCCGUCAUGAACCUGCACCAGGUGCUGACGGGGGCCGUGAACCCCGGCGACCACUGCUUCUCCGUGGGCAGCGUCGGCGACCAGCGCUUCACGGCUUAUGCAUCUGGAUGUGACAUUGUAAUACUGGGAAGUGAUUUUGAGAGAUUACAAAUAAUACCAGGAGCUAAACAUGGAAAUAUUCAAGUAGGAUGUGUAGACUGUUCAAUGCAGCAAGGCAAGAUUGCAGCAUCCUAUGGAAACAUCAUCUCUGUAUUUGAACCAGUUAACAUACCAAAACAAAAGAAAAAUUUGGAAUUAUAUAGUCAGUGGCAGAAAAGUGGCCAAUUUUUUCUGGAGUCAAUAGCACACAAUAUAACUUGGGAUCCCACAGGCAAUCGUCUUCUAACUGGUUCCAGCUGCUUACAACUCUGGUCCAACACUAACUUGGAGAAGCCAACUGAAGAUGAAAAUCCAGAUAAAACAGAUCUUGAUUUUGGGGAUUGGAGAUGCAUUUGGCAUUGCAAAACGGCUUCCCAAGUUCAUUUAAUGAAAUUUUCACCAGAUGGAGAAUUUUUUGCCACUGCUGGGAAGGAUGAUUGUCUUUUAAAGGUAUGGUACAACGUGGAAACCUGGCGAACAUCUGUUACCUCUCCAGACAGAAGUUCAGAAAAACAAUCCCAAGGAGAAAUCGACUUUUCUUUUGUGUAUCUCGCACAUCCUCGAGCUGUGAAUGGGUUUUCCUGGCGUAAAACGAGCAAAUACAUGCCUCGGGCUUCGGUAUGUAAUGUACUGUUGACCUGCUGCAAAGAUAAUGUGUGUCGUCUCUGGGUGGAGACAUUUUUACCAAAUGAUUGUUUGCUGUAUGGAGGUGACUGCAGUCAUUGGACUGAGCCAGUUAAUUUAAUAAAUAACUUCAAGAGGAAUGCUUCUAAUAAAGAGCGAGUUCAAAAUGCUUUAGAAGUAAAUCUGAGACAUUUUCGUAGAGGUCAUAGGAAAUCACUUGCACUGGUAGCCAAUACCGGGUAUCUGCCCCAUCAGCAGGAUCCACAUCUUGUCCACAGGAACACUGCACUGCAUGCCAAUGCACUUUGCCACUUUCAUAUUGCAGCCAGCAUCAAUCCAGCCACAGACAUUCCACUUCUCCCAUCUAUUACAUCUCUGAGUUUAAGUGAAAAUGAAGAGAAGAGGGGACCGUUUGUGGUACACUGGCUAAACAAUAAAGAGCUGCAUUUUACUUUGUCCAUGGAAGUGUUUUUACAGCAACUUAGAAAAAGUUGUGAACAGCCGUCUUCUGAGGCCAGUGGAGAGGACUGUAAUCAGACAGAUGGAAAGUCUGAUGAAGAAAUGGAUGAUGAUGUUGAUGAUGUGAAAAUAAAUCAUGAAAAGAAGGAAUCGGGCAGUGAUAAAAUGGUACCAAACUUAAAUUUUGCACCAUUACCGUCAGCUGCCAUUGAUCAUCAGAUUGAAAUACUUCUGUCUGAGUGGAGUAAAAAUGCUGACAUGCUUUUCAGUAUACAUCCCAUGGAUGGUUCCUUGCUAGUUUGGCAUGUGGAUUGGCUGGAUGAAUACCAGCCUGGUAUGUUUCGUCAAGUGCAGGUGUCGUUUGUUUCCAGAAUACCUGUAGCUUUUCCCACAGGUGAUGCAAACUCUCUCUGUAAAAGCAUAGUGAUGUAUGCGUGUACCAAGAAUGUUGACUUGGCUAUUCAACAAGGGAAGCAGAAACCUUCUGGCCUCACUCGCUCCACGUCAAUGCUUAUCUCUUCUGGUCACAAUAAAUCAUCAAAUAGUUUAAAAUUAAGUAUUUUUACUCCUAAUGUUAUGAUGAUUUCAAAACACGAUGAUGGGUCUCUGAACCAAUGGCUGGUUAGUUUUGCUGAAGAAUCCGCUUUUUCUACAGUUCUCAGUAUUUCCCACAAAUCCAGAUACUGUGGCCAUCGCUUUCAUCUGAAUGAUUUAGCUUGCCAUUCAGUAUUACCAUUAUUACUGACAACAUCCCAUCAUAAUGCAUUAAGGACGCCAGAUGUCGAUCACCCAAAGCAACCUUAUGCUGUAAAUAUUGAAGAGUGUUCUUUGACACAACAAAAUAAAAGCACUGUUGAUAUGGCAUUCCAGGAUCCCAAUGCAGUUUAUAGUGAACUUAUUCUGUGGAGGGUAGAUCCAGUUGGGCCGUUGUCUUUCUCUGGAGGAGUUUCUGAACUUGCCCGGAUAAACUCUCUGCAUGUUUCUGCCUUUUCCAAUGUGGCGUGGCUGCCCACUCUUAUACCCAGUUACUGUCUAGGUGCAUACUGCAACUCUCCUAGUGCAUGCUUCGUAGCAAGUGAUGGACAGUAUCUGAGAUUAUAUGAAGCAGUCAUUGAUGCUAAGAAACUUUUAUGUGAACUUUCCAACCCUGAGAUUUCUAGGUUUGUUGGUGAAGUAUUUAACAUUGUUAGUCAACAAUCAACAGCCAGGCCAGGAUGUAUCAUUGCUUUAGAUCCCAUAACCAAACUUCAUGGCAGAAGAACCCAGCUGCUUCAUGUUUUCCAAGAAGACUUCAUUUUGAAUAACCUUGAGAAGAAAAGUCUGGGAAAAGAUAGCAUUUUGUCUGAUGCAGCAGGCAGCUCACCUAAAGGAUUUUCUGAAAAAUUCUACCUAGUUGUAAUAGAGUGUACUCAAGAGAACCGUUCACUGUUACACAUGUGGAAUUUACAUUUAAAGUCAGUUCCUGUCUCAUUGGAUGAAAAAGUAGAUAAAAAAAUAUCUGAAGCAAUUUGGCAGCCAGAAGAUCAUUAUUCUCCUUCUCCAGAGAAGAUCCCGUCUCCUUUUUCACAGAAGUAUCAAGCUUGCAGAGCGAAUCUCCAGAGCACCAGCAAGUUAACUCUGUUUUCAGAAAUGGUGUAUAGCCAGGAGCUAGAUUUGCCAGAAGGAGUUGAGAUAAUCAGUGUGAAGCCAUCAGCAGGACAUCUGAGUUCUUCUUCCAUAUAUCCUGCAUGCAGCGCUCCUUACUUACUGGCAACUUCAUGCUCAGAUGAGAAAGUAAGAUUUUGGAGAUGCAGGGUAACAAAUGGAGAACCUGCCACAUCAAAGAAUGAAAAACUGGACCUUGUAUAUGUUUGGGAAGAAUGGCCAUUACUAAUUGAAGAUGGACUUCAGACCAACAGUAGUUUAGCUGUGCCUGGUAGGCCUGUAGAGGUUAGCUGUGCGCACACAAAUCGUUUAGCGGUAGCUUAUAAGCAGCCGACAUCUAGUAGUAGAUCAUCUCAGGAUUUUGUGAUGCAUGUAAGUAUUUUUGAAUGUGAGUCUACAGGAGGUUCAUGUUGGGUCCUUGAACAGACAAUUCAUUUAGAUGAGUUAAGCACAGUGUUGGAUUCUGGAAUUAGUAUUGAUAGCAAUUUAGUAGCCUAUAAUAAACAAGAGGCAUAUUUAUUCAGUAAAGAGAGUAUUGCAUUAAACACAAAGCAUUUAGUUCACUUAGAUUGGAUGUCUAGAGAAGAUGGGUCUCAUAUCCUGACUGUAGGAAUUGGAUCAAAACUUUUUAUGUAUGGACCCCUGGCUGGCAAGGUCCAAGAACAGAGUGGUAAGGAAAGCCUGGCAUUUCCUCUCUGGGAGAGUACUAGAGUUGUGCCUCUUUCUAAAUUUGUACUUUUACGAAGUGUGGACUUGGUUUCUUCUGUAGAAGGCUCCCCACCUUUUCCUGUUUCUUUAUCGUGGGUACGGGAUGGCAUCCUUGUGGUAGGAAUGGAUUGUGAAAUGCACGUCUAUUCCCAGUGGCAACCAUCUUCCAAGCAAGAACCUGUUGUAACAGAUUCAUUCAGUGGGAGCACUCCUUCUAUAAUAAGUUUAAUAAAACAGAGUAACUCAUCAAGUUCUGGGUUACAUCCUCCAAGAAAAACUCUGACUCGAUCUAUGACCAGUCUUGCACAGAAGAUCUGUGGAAAGAAAACGGCAUUCGAUCCCGCAGUGGAUAUGGAAGAUUCAGGUCUUUUUGAAGCAGCUCAUGUUCUUUCCCCAACUUUACCUCAGUACCAUCCUCUGCAGCUUUUGGAACUCAUGGACCUUGGCAAAGUUCGGAGAGCAAAGGCCAUUUUAUCACACCUUGUCAAGUGCAUUGCUGGGGAAGUCGUGGCUCUAAAUGAUGCUGAAUCCAAUCAUGAACGCCGCCUUAGGUCUCUCACCAUCAGUGCUAGUGGGAGCACCAGCAGAGACCCCCAGGCAUUUAACAAGGCUGAAAAUACGGACUACACAGAAAUAGAUUCUGUCCCCCCACUUCCUCUGUAUGCCUUACUUGCGGCGGAUGAUGAUAGCUGCCACUCGUCUUUGGAUAAGUCUAGUAAUGAGAAUACCUUAAAUAAAUCCAACCAGUUGUCAAAAGAAAGUUACGAUGAGCUUUUUCAGACCCCAGCUCUAAUGACUGAUACUGAUGUAUUAGAGACAGACGAAGAAAACAUGAAGCCCAAAGUUAUUGACCUUUCACAAUACAGUCCAAAUUACUUUGGUCCUGAGCAUGCCCAGGUUCUUUCUGGACACUUACUUCAUUCUAGUUUACCAGGACUCACUCGGAUGGAACAGAUGUCCUUGAUGGCCUUAGCAGAUACAAUUGCAACCACAAGCACUGAUAUUGGAGAAAGCAGAGACAGAAGCCAAGGUGGAGAAACUCUUGAUGAAUGUGGGUUAAAGUUUCUGUUGGCUGUACGACUCCAUACGUUUCUUACAACUUCCCUUCCAGCAUAUCGAGCUCAACUCGUUCACCAAGGCCUGUCUACUUGUCACUUUGCUUGGGCAUUUCACUCAGUAGCAGAAGAAGAACUGUUGAACAUGUUGCCUGCAAUGCAGAGAGAUGAUCCCACUUGGUCUGAGCUAAGAGCUAUGGGUGUGGGGUGGUGGGUCCGCAAUACCCGCAUCUUACGCAGAUGCAUAGAAAAAGUAGCCAAAGCAGCCUUUUAUAGAAAGAAUGAUCCUUUAGAUGCUGCUAUUUUUUACCUUGCAAUGAAAAAGAAAGCUGUGAUUUGGGGAUUAUAUAGAUCUCAGAAAGACACCAGGAUGACACAGUUUUUUGGACACAAUUUUGAGGAUGAGAGGUGGCGUAAAGCAGCUUUAAAGAAUGCUUUUUCUUUGCUAGGCAAACAACGAUUUGAACAUUCUGCAGCAUUUUUUCUUUUAGCUGGUUGCCUCAGAGAUGCAAUUGAGGUAUGUCUUGAGAAACUGAACGACAUUCAGUUAGCUCUUGUGAUAGCAAGGCUCUAUGAGUCCGAGUUUGAUACAUCUUCAACAUAUAAAUCCAUUUUAUGCAAAAAGGUUUUAGGAAUUGAUUCUUCUGUCACUGAGUUCAGUUCAGUAAACGUGAAUAUGCAUUGUGAUCCUUUUCUUCGGAGUAUGGCUUGUUGGAUUUUGGAAGAUUAUAGUGGUGCUCUGGAAACCUUAAUAAAGCAACCUGUUAGAGAGGAUGAUGAUCAAGUCAUGACAUCAGCCUGUAAUCCUGCAGUUUUUAAUUUUUACAAUUAUCUAAGAACACAUCCUCUUUUGCUGAGACGUCAUUUUGGAUCAUCUGAUACGUUUCCCACACAAGUGAGUUUAACAGGAAAGAGUGGACUGGCAGGAACAAUUAGUUUAAGUGAAAGAAGACUAUUUUUUACUACUGCCAGUGCUCAUUUAAAGGCUGGCUGCCCCAUGUUGGCCCUGGAAGUCUUAUCGAAGAUGCCCAAGGUCAUCACGAAGACAAAAGCAUUUUGUAGAGCAUCUAGUUUUCUAGACACGGGUAGAGGUUCUUCUCCACUAAAAUUGGAUGCAGAGGAAGAUAAGUCUUCUGCUGUUGAUUGGUCAGAGUCAUUGAUAAAUGGUUUUGGGUCCUCGUCAGAGGGUUCAUCAGAGAAACAGUCCAACUCAGCGCUUUCUUUUGACUGGAGCCAACCAAGUGUCAUAUUUCAGGAUGACUCUUUAGAGUUAAAAUGGGACAGUGAUAAUGAUGAAGAAAAUGAAGACCUCCCUCUUUCAAUGAAAGAACUAAAACCUUUACAGAGAAAGAUAGAUAAAAAAUUGGAGGAAGUAAGUUCCAGUUACACAGAAUCUUUCAGCACAAUCAAUGAAAAUGAUAUUUUAAAUCCAUCAGAAGAUAUAAUUGCAGUCCAGUUAAAAUUUAGAGCAUGUUUAAAGAUUCUCACAGUAGAACUUCGUACUUUAUCUACUGGUUAUGAAAUAGAUGGUGGAAAAUUGCGUUACCAACUAUACCACUGGCUUGAAAAAGAAGUGAUAGCUCUUCAGAGAACUUGUGACUUUUGCUCAGAUGCUGAAGAACCACCGUCUACAUUUGGCAAAAAUGGAGGUGAAUUCGGAUUAAAUGAGGAUACUGAAGAUUUGCUUCACCAAACAAAAGGGAAACAAUUGAGAGAAAAUUUUCAGGAAAAAAGGCAGUGGCUCUUGAAAUAUCAGUCUCUCUUGAGGAUGUUUCUUAGUUACUGUGUACUUCAUGGAUCCCAUGGUGGGGGUCUUGCGUCUGUGAGAAUGGAAUUGAUUCUUCUUUUACAAGAAUCUCAGCAGGAAACGUCAGAACCACUGUUUACUAGCCCUCUGUCAGAGCAAACCUCGGUGCCUCUCCUCUUUGCUUGUACAGCCAGUGCCAAAACAGUAGUUGCCAAUCCAUUGCUACACCUUAGUAAUCUAACUCAUGAUAUCCUGCAUGCCAUAAUAAGCUUCGAAUCACCACCCCAUCCUGACCUCCAGAGCAAUAGAGUAUAUGUAAUGCACACUUUGGCAGCCUCACUUUCUGCUUGUAUUUAUCAGUGUCUUUGUGGUAGUCAUAACUACAGUUCAUUACAAACAAAUCAGUUUACUGGAAUGGUGUAUCAGACAGUAUUGCUUCCUCAUCGACAUUCUUUGAAAACAGGAAGCUUAGAUGAAGCAAUAACUCCCAAUACAUCACCAGCUCAAUGGCCAGGAAUAACUUGUCUAAUUCGACUUUUGAAUUCUUCGGGUGAGGAAGCCCAGUCAGGGCUUACGGUAUUACUCUGUGAGAUUCUCACAGCCGUGUAUCUGAGUCUCUUCAUCCAUGGCCUGGCAACACAUUCCAGUAAUGAACUGUUUCGGAUUGUGGCCCAUCCUCUAAAUGAAAAAAUGUGGUCUGCUAUAUUUGGUGGAGGUGCACAUGUUCCUAGCAAAGAACAGACAGACUCAAAAACUUUACCUGUUUCUUCACUAGUUGAAGAAGGAGAAAAACAGAACAAACGUUUUAGGCCAUCAAAAAUGUCUUGCAGAGCAUCUGCCCCACUGAACUCUUCCUCGCCGCCAGUAAGCCAGGAGCCACUGACGGUCAGAGAGAAGUUCAUCCCACCUGAGCUCAGUAUCUGGGACUAUUUCAUAGCCAAGCCUUUUCUACCCCCUUCCCAAAGUAGAGCAGAAUAUGACUCAGAGGAGAGUAUGGAAAGUGGUGAUGAUGAUGAUGACGACGAUGUUUCAGCUUCAGAUUUUCAUCUCCAGGAGCAUUCUAAUUCAAAUUCAUAUAGCUGGUCACUGAUGCGAUUGGCCAUGGUACAAUUGGUGCUGUACAAUCUGAAGACUUUUUAUCCCUUUGCAGGCCAUGAUCUUGCAGAACUUCCAGUUAGUUCACCUCUUUGUCACGCGGUUCUAAAAACUCUUCAGUGUUGGGAACAAGUUCUUUUCCGACGCCUUGAAAUCUAUGGUGGGCCACCUCAAAACUAUAUUGCAAGUCAUACCUCUGAAGAGGGUUUAUCUGCAGGUCCCGCAAUUCUUCGCCACAAAGCUUUGUUGGAACCUACAAACACUCCUUUCAAAUCCAAACACCACCUGGCACUGUCUGUGAAGAGACUUUGGCAAUAUUUGGUGAAGCAGGAAGGAAUUCAGGAAACCUUUAUCAGAAAUAUAUUCACAAAGAAACGAUGUCUGAAUGAGAUAGAAGCAGAUUUGGGGUAUCCUGGAGGUAAAGCAAGAAUUAUUCAUAAGGAAUCUGAUAUCAUUACUGCAUUUGCUGUUAAUAAAGCAAAUAGAAACUGCAUAGCAAUUGCUUCUAGUCAUGAUGUUCAAGAACUGGAUGUUUCUGGAAUUCUGGCUACACAGAUCUAUACUUGGGUAGAUGAUGAUAUAGAAAUGGAAACCAAAAGCUCAGAAGAGUUUCUGGUCAUCCAUGCCCAUGAUGAUUUAGCAGCGGUUCAAGGCACCACCCCUUACACGCACAGCAAUCCUGGCACUCCCAUCAACAUGCCCUGGCUUGGAAGCACCCAGACUGGCAGAGGAGCAUCUGUGAUGAUUAAGAAGGCCAUUAAUAAUGUCAGAAGAAUGACUUCUCAUCCAACUCUUCCUUACUAUCUGACAGGAGCUCAAGAUGGAAGUGUCAGAAUGUUUGAAUGGGGCCAUUCUCAACAAAUAACCUGUUUCCGAGCUGGUGGCAAUUCAAGAGUUACAAGAAUGAGAUUUAACUAUCAAGGAAAUAAGUUUGGAAUAGUUGAUGCCGAUGGAUAUUUAAGUUUGUAUCAAACAAACUGGAAAUGUUGUCCAGUUACUGGAAGCAUGCCCAAACCAUACCUGACUUGGCAGUGUCAUAACAAAACAGCCAAUGAUUUUGUCUUUGUGAGUUCCUCUUCCCUGAUAGCUACAGCUGGUCUUUCAACCGACAAUAGAAAUAUAUGUUUGUGGGAUACUCUUGUAGCACCAGCCAAUAGCUUAGUCCAUGCUUUUACCUGCCAUGACAGUGGAGCCACAGUUUUAGCAUAUGCUCCAAAACACCAGCUACUAAUAUCAGGAGGAAGAAAAGGUUUUACAUGUGUAUUUGACCUUCGCCAGCGACAGCAGAGGCAGCUUUUCCAGAGCCACGAUUCUCCUGUGAAAGCCAUUGCUGUUGACCCAACUGAAGAAUACUUUGUUACAGGAUCUGCAGAGGGUAACAUCAAGAUUUGGAGUCUUUCUACCUUUAGUCUUCUCCACACUUUUAUCAAUGAACAUGCCCGGCAGUCCAUUUUUAGGAAUAUUGGAACUGGAGUGAUGCAAAUUGAAACAGGGCCAGCAAAUCACAUUUUCUCUUGUGGAGCUGAUGGGACAAUGAAAAUGAGAAUACUGCCAGACCAGUUCAGCCCUUUAAAUGAAGUGUUGAAAAAUGAUGUGAAACUGAUGCUGUAACAUUUUCACAAGAAGGUGCUUUUAUCUCAAAAUUCUGAAAACCUUAUAGCAGUGUUUUUAGAAACAAAUGUGAAAACAGUCAAAUUAAAUAGGUAAUAUUUACAAAUGUAAAAUACCCUCCACAUCUACCAUUAGUAGAAAAGUAAAUGUUAUAUUUUAUUAUUUUUGCCAAAAUAUAUUAUUUUGUUAUAAAAUAUGACCAAAAUACUUAAAAUGCACAAUGCUUUUAACUUAAAUGUGCUAACCCUAUUUCUGUCGAUUUUGUGCUAUACAUUUUCUGAUUCAGAAUAAUAGAAAACUUGAUAAAUACUUGACUUUAACCGAUGAGAGUAAAGGUAGAUGGGAGUGUUUAAGGAACAGUUGUAUACUAUUUAGCCUAAAUAUAUUUUGUUUAGUAGGAAUUAUAAGAGCCUUUUUAUGUAAUGAAAUAUGGACAACUAUUGUCUUGGAAAUUAAAGAGUAAAUAAAGCAAAGAAUGAAGGGCUGGCAACAUGAAUUUUGUAAUAUCCUCAGGAUACUUUUAUUAUAAAAGUAUAUUGUUAAAAGAUUUUGUAAACUGUAUUUCAUAACUUUAAAUGUGUGGAGCAAGUUGCAGUGUAAACGCCGUCAUUAUGGAGAGAGUUUAUAUGCACAUAAUAACCUGUACCUGUAAAUUGUGCAAUAAUGAUAUGACUAUUUUGCCAUGGAGAAAUCUGUGACAGCAUUGCAAACAAUAAUAUUGUUUGAUAUAGUUAAGCUUAAGUUAUUUUUCAGUAAUUUCUUCACAAAUCAAGAUUCAAACAGCUUUAAACACUUUCAAUGAGGUAGAAAAUUUACUAUUAUGCUUAUUAUAACAAAAGGCAUUGUGGAUGAACAAUUAAGCAUUUUAAUUGAGGGUUUAUAUGAAUUACUAUAAAUUAUGUAAGCCCAUAUGUAUUUACAUCCAGAGUCAUAAUAUUUUAAAUAAACAAUCAUGCAGUGACUUUUUUGGCAUGCUAUUAUUUUAAGUAAUAUUUGUGCCAAUUUAAUUGACUUACAAUAUUGUGACAUUUCUACAUGGGGAAUUUUUGUAUUUGUGUUUGGUUAAUGUAGAGAAGAUUGAAUAACUUUCCCGCUUCUCUCAUCUUCCUUUUCUACGGCCUUCUUUACUCAAUGGGUAAGCAGUAUUCAAGAAAAGUGGGAAUAAAAAGUUAUAAAAUGAACAUACAUGUGAAAUUUCAUUAUCCACAUUAAUGGAGUAGAUACAUCAAGAUACAGUUUUUUAAUUGAUUUUUCUGAUGCUGUGGCUUUGUAGAAAGAAUCUAUAAUGUUGCCAACCUCAUGUUCUGAAAGUGAGAUUGUAAUUACCUAGAGCUAUGGAGUGGUCACCUCCGUCCUCCUUUCCUGCCCCUCUUUUGCCCUUACCCUUC